AUGACAAAUCUAUAUGAGAAGGUUAUGGCCGAACUAUUAGACCCUAAUAAUAACAAUCCAAUUAGUAAUACUGCUCCCCUUAUGAUUCAUUACAAAGUUACCAAAUCCAAGUUGAGGUUACUAAACAAUUCCUUCACCAAUCCAAAAGAAUGGGAAAUAGAAAAGCAUUAUUAUGAUGAAAGACCAUCCUGUACAAAGAAACUUUCCCGAUAUUAUGCUACUGCAGCUGUUCAAACUUACUAUAUUUUUCAUAAGUGGGGAAUUGUCAGAAUCGAUCAAACGAUGAAAUUAACGCUGCCAAUGAUCUAUGAAUUGAAGGCAAAAGAUUAUCAAAUAAUUGUAAACUAA